CCAUGGCGGCUGUGGCAGAGAAAUCAACGAAAGAGCGGUUGCUGUCUGUGUUGGAUGAUUUAGAGGUUUUAUCCCGGGAGCUGAUAGAGAUGCUGGCUCUGUCCAGGAGUCAGAAACUACCCCAUCAAGGAGAGGACAGCCAGAUCCUGGAGCUGCUGGUGCAGAGGGACAGGGAGUACCAGGAGCUGAUGGAGGUUGCCCAGCAGCAGGGGAAAGUGCACGAGGAGAUGCAGCUUCUGGAGAAGGAGGUGGAGAAGAGAGACAGUGACAUCCAGCAGCUCCAGAAGCAACUGAAGGAGGCGGAACACAUCCUGGCCACUGCUGUUUACCAGGCCAAAGAGAAGCUCAAAUCCAUUGACAAGGCUAGGAAAGGAAGCAUCUCAUCAGAGGAAAUCAUUAAAUACGCUCACAGAAUCAGUGCCAGUAACGCAGUGUGUGCUCCUCUCAACUGGGUACCAGGUGAUCCUCGCAGACCCUACCCCACUGACCUGGAAAUGCGCAGCGGUAUGCUGGGUCACAUGGCCAACCUGCCCACCAAUGGUGUGAACGGACAUCUGCCAGGUGACGCUCUGGCUGCUGGGAGGUUGCCAGACGUCCUGACACCUCACUACCCCUGGCAGUCCUCUGACGUCUCAGUAGGGAUGCUGCCUCCUCACCACGGCAACGAUUUCGGCCUGGAGCCCCCAGGUCACAACAAAGAGAACGAGGAUGAUGUGGAAGCCAUGUCAACAGAUUCUUCAAGCAGCAGCAGUGACUCUGACUGAGUGUGUGUGUGUGUGUGUGUGUGUGUGUGUGUGUGUGUGUGUGUGUGUGUGUGUGUGUGUGUGUGUGUGUGUGUGUGUGUGUGUGUGUGUGUGUGUGUGUGUGUGUGUGUGUGUGUGUGUGUGGCUCAUUCAUACAGUGUAAACAUGUAGUUUAAAUGUUCCAUAUAAAGACUUUGGUCGAUCAUUAAGCAUCAUAUAUAUUGUCAGCUGAGGUCUUUAGUUCCCCACUAUCAUCAUUUUAUAAGAGGUGCUGUAUGAAUCUGUGAGAAGGUGGCCUGACAGCUGAAGGUGCUCUGUGUAACUUCUACACCUGAAGAAUUAUUAGUUGUUCAUUUUAAGACAUUUUUAUCCUUCAUAAGCAGUCUGCUUGUUUCCACAACAUUUUUCUGAGAUGUAUUUGGAGGUUCAUCUGCUGAGCGAGCCGCUCCUCCAGAGUAAACAACACCAAAGCUGUUUCCCACAAUAUUGAACCAUUCCUUUAACAUCCUGUAUUUGUGGGAAGAAUGGUGUAAGAAUGGUAGCGUUAACAAACCACAACAAACCAGGAUGGUGUUUGUACUUGGAUGGCAAGUUCCACCAGACUGUGCAAAUAACGACAAAAUACACAAAAGUAAGAACCUACAAAGAUGAACAAGUCCCAUUCGGGACUUUUAAAGUGAAUAUAAUGAUCCUAAUAUCAUUGUAAGGAACACUGACUGGACUUAAAGAGAAACCAAACAUAAGAUGAAACUUGACUUUGGUGAAGGUGUUUGAAUCUGUAUGUGUGACUUCAUGUCUGAUUUUUGUCAGUUGCAGCCUGUAUGUUUGUAGUGUAGUGUUAGUGGUUGUAUAUCAAUAUGGACAAAUGCUGUUAAUUUACCUCUGUGUAAAUAACCUUGUACAUACUGCCUUGUAAAUAAAUACAUUUGG